AGCUGCCAAAUAUCGCAUGAUUUUGUCGUCGUUUCCUGCGGCAUCUUCGGAAAACUGUUUGAGCACAGCAAACCAUCACUCAGCCGCAGAUUUCUUCAUUAUCAAUACCAACCUGACGGAGCGUCUCCAGGCCAGUAAUAACAAGCUUUCCUCCAUGUCUGAAGAGAGAGAGCUGCUGAAUGCCAGCCUCAUUGAAACAACUAAAGAGCUGAACAGGCUUCAGUGUUUGAUCAGACAGAAUACAUUGUGUCCUGCUGAAUGGAGGAUGUUCUUGUGUUCCUGUUAUCUGCUCUCCAGUGAGGCUGGUUCGUGGACAAAAGGCAGACAGGACUGCAGAAACAGAGGAGCAGAUCUGGUCAUCAUAGACAGUGCUAAAGAACAGAAAUUCCUAUCUGACUUCACCAAGGCAGAAACUUGGAGUUGGAUUGGUCUGACUAUUGAGGAAAAGGAGGGGAGCUGGAAAUGGAUUGAUGGAACUCCACUGACUCUGAGGUAUUGGGAAGCAGGUCAGCCUGAUAAUGGUGGUGGAGAUUCAAAGUGGGGUGAGGAGGACUGUGCUCAUAUCAGAACUGGCAAGAAAACUGAAGAAAACUGGAACGAUCGGUCAUGUUCUGCUUCUCUGCGAUGGAUCUGUGAGAAAGAGGCUUAGCAUUGGUGUAAAGGUAUAUGCACAUGCUUUUACAAACUAAGCUAUGAAUUUACAAAAAGCCUUUGGGAUUGAGUGUCCUUUCAUGUUUGUGUGUGUAAGAAAGAGAGUAGUAUAUUAUUAUCGUUCCUUCUCAUCAGAGUUCAUCAUCCUUGAAGAACAUAUUUCUGUGUUAACUUCUCUGCAGCAGUUCGUCAUUCUCCUCCAACAAGUUGAAAUUCAAGACUUUCUGCCAGGCAUCCAAAAGUGCAUUAUUUACAGUAUCAAUAUUACAGUAUCUCCUACUCUUCUUAGUUGGUGCUCACGAUCUUUAAUGAAUAUGACGGACUAUGAAGUUUGCUUCUGCUCUGAACUUUAAAAGAUAUCUCCAUAACUUGUUUUUACAUAAGAUGAUUGCCCCUUACGGUACAAGAACUUUAGAAAUGUAUUGUUACAAGUUUGGGAGAACUUUUUUCCCAUUUCUUUCUUGUCACAUAAACUCACCAACUUGCUGAUGUUCCAAACAACAAUGAGAGGAAGACAAACAGUUUCUUAAAAACAUUUAAUUAGUGCUUUAUCUAAAGAUUUCUUGACAGGUUGAGAACAUU